GUCAGCCGAUUCGAUUCCAAGUCUUCACGUCGGAGAUGGGCAGAUAUUGUCAACGACUCUGAUGAUGACGACCCCUGGAAUGUCAAUACGAGUGUGGGAGCCACGGCCAGCUCCUGCAGCUCACCGGUGCCGAGCAGCCAGGAGCCGUCGUCCGCGCAACCAAUGUGCACCACGAGCGCCGACACGGCGGCUCCCGGAUGUUCGGAAGAGCCUGCCACCGAAGACAACACUGAAAGCACAGAGGAAGUGCUGGAGCCUCUGCACGAGGAAAUGGAAACUUCGCCAGCUCCGAAGCUGGAGCCCGCAUCCAGUGAAGGGAAGCAAGCAAAGCCAAGCUGUGAAGACCAGAUCACCUCCAUCAAAGACUGCGCGACAGACUUCCCUUGUUUCGAGAUGGAUUGCUCGCAGGACUCUGUGGCACUCUCCACGGUGGCGGACAGCAUCGACUGUUUGAGCUCGAUUGCGGAUUGCCCGGAGGCGGACAUCACCGACUCUUUGCCAGACGUCGUCGGAGAAGCAGCCAGCCUUGGAGGUCUUGGCAGCGCUGUCAAGAAGAGGAAAAAGAAGCCAGCAAAAAAGAAGAAGACGGAGGUUGUAGAACUGAGCAGGACUUCAUCCGUCGUCAGCGAAGCUCCCUCCCGUCGGAGCUCCCGAAGCGCACCCUCCGAGACUUCCAGCACGACCAGCGCCGCAGGCAAGCGCUCUGCAUCCAAGUCGCAGUCCAGCAAGAGGCCUGACACGUCUCAGCAGCAGGGCGCCUCUCCGUCGGCAAAGCACGUAUCGCAGUUUCAAGCCGGGUUGGCUAGCUGCGCAUCCGCAAUUUGUGACAACCCUCGGUGGGCGAUCCUGAUGCUAUUGGCCGCAGUGGUUUUUGGUGGAAAAUGCUGGCUCCGGAUCCACGGUGUCGGGGAUGCGGAAGAUACCCGCAUCAGGCGAAUGACGAUGUUCGUGAAGGAGGGGAAAGGGAUCACAAGCGUUCAGAUGGAACAGUUGGCGCGACUGGCAGCGGGUGAUGAUGCUGCAGCUCGAGGCACGGGCACAACCGGCUGCCGUUCCGGAUGCCUCUUGAUGUAG